AUGGAGCCCCCCCGGCUGCAGCGAGGGCCGCUGCAGUGCAAGAACCUCCACGAGUUCCUGCGGGGGCUCAGCCCUGCCCUGCUCGACCGCCUCUACGGACACCCUGCCACCUGCCUGGCGGUCUUCCGGGAGCUGCCGGCGCUGGCCCAGGCCCAGGUGCUGAGGUUGCUGUUCCUGGAGCUGCCUCUGCCCCAGGCUGCCGUCGGCCUCUGGGUCAAGAAGGAGCACAGCAGGGAGCAGGCACAGAGCAGGGAGGUGCUGCUGGGGCUGCGCCUGUGGCACCCCCACAGCCUGCCCGGGGGGCUGCCGGGGGUCGCCCUGCACCCCAACUUCAGACACCACCUGCGGGUGGCGCUGCUGGGGGGGGGCAAGGCCUGGUCGGAUGACACUGCCCAGCUGGGCCCCGACCGGCACGCCAGGGACGUGCCCGCGCUCGACAAGUACGCCGAGGAGAGGUGGGAGGUGAUCCUGCACUUCAUGGUGGGGUCCCCGAGUGCUGCUGUCAGCCAGGACCUGGCCCAGCUGCUGGUGCAGGCAGGGCUGAUGCGCAGCGAGGGGGGGGAGGCUCCCUGCAUCACCUCGGCAGGGUUCCAGUUCCUGCUGCUGGACACCCCUGCCCAGCUCUGGUACUUCAUCCUCCAGUACCUGCGGGGGGCUGAGGCCCGAGGCAUGGACCUGGUGGAGAUCCUCUCCUUCCUCUUCCAGCUCAGCUUCUCCACACUGGGCAAGGACUACUCUGUGGAGGGGAUGAGCGACUCCCUGCUGACCUUCCUGCAGCACCUGCGGGAGUUCGGCCUCGUGUUCCAGAGAAAGCGCAAGUCUCGCCGCUUCUACCCGACGCGCUUGGCCAUCGCGCUGGCGCAGGGCACGGCCGGGGCCCCGCCCGAGCCGGACUCCCGCGGCUUCAUCGUCGUCGAGACCAACUACCGCAUCUACGCCUACACAGACUCAGAGCUGCAGCUGGCCCUCAUUGCCCUCUUCUCGGAGCUGCUCUAUCGCUUCCCCAACCUGGUGGUGGCUCAGGUCACCAGGGACAGCGUCCAGGCCGCCAUAGCCAACGGCAUCACUGCCCAGCAGAUCAUUCACUUCCUGCGCACCAGAGCUCAUCCGGUGAUGGCCAAGCAGAGCCCGGUGCUGCCCCCCACCAUCACCGACCAGAUCCGGCUGUGGGAGCUGGAGAGGGACCGGCUGCGCUUCAGCGAGGGGGUGCUGUACAACCAGUUCCUGUCGCAGGUGGACUUCGAGCUGCUGCGGGACCAGGCGCAGGCCCUGGGGGUGCUGCUCUUCCAGAACCCUCAGCGGCGCCUCCUGGUGGUCACCCCCGGCGGCCACCCCGACGUCAAACGCUUCUGGAAGAGGCAGAAGCAGGGCACCUGAGGGGGGGUGUGGGGCACCCCCAAAGCCUUCUGAACCUGCUGCACCCCACCAGUGGGCACCACUGAGCCCCCCUGAGCCCUGCCAAUG